AUGCCAGCUCCCGCCGCUGCGCCUGCCGCCGCCGGCGCCGCCGUGCGUGCGCCGCCCGGCACCGGCACCGCGCGCGCCGACGCGCCCGACUGGCGCCUCAGUCUGCUCAAGGCCGCCGCCGUGUACCUGGCGUUCCAGGGCAUUGCUGGACCAAACGGACUCAUCGCCGCUUGGCAGGGCAAGACGAGCUUCCAGCAGAAGGCCUCGCCCGCCGCGGCCGCCUCUGCGCCCGCCAGUGCGCCGCCGCCGCACGUCUUCUCUGCGCCGCAGCCGCGCGGCGGCGCAGUGGGCGCAGGCGCAGCGACGAGCAAGUGGAGCAGCAAGGCCGUCGCCUUUCCGCAUCCGCGCCUCGCGCCCGGCGCGCCGCUCGACGUCUAUCUCUUCCUGCACGAGGCGGGCGCACCCACGGCGGCCGAUCUCGCGACGCAGUACUCUGCGCUGGUGCCGCAUGGCAGCGGUGCCUGGAGUGGUCUGAGCAGCAGCAGCAGCGGCAGCGGCUCCUCCGAGCCUCUCGACCUCUCUGCGUCGGCGUAUGAUGCGUUGCUGCGCGAUCCCAUGCACACGGCCAUCUACGCCGGCAGCGCCGCCGAGGGCAGACUGCCGGCCGUCAAGUGGCGCAACAUUACGAUUGCGGACUGGACGCUCGCACGAGACGUAGACGUCACCAUCGAGCUCUCCGAGAAUAGAGGAGGUGGCGACUAUGAGGAUGCGCAGACGUGA